AUGGAAGACCAAAGGGAAAGCCACAGUAUUAUCUCCCAACGUGACACAAAGGGUUUUUUUCACCGAGUUAUAAUUUGGAAGAUGUGGAACCUGACCCAAAUGUUUACUGUGAUUUUCCAACGUGCACAAGAAGAGAUACAAGAACUGUCAUGACAUUGACCUGCCUCCACUGUUUUCAUUAAUCUUGCAUUUCAUCGCGUGAUUGUUGCCCAAUCUGUCUGGUUUCAUUGAGGAAAAAGGUGCGAAAACUGGUCAACACAUUCAACACUGGACUUCUAAUUUCUAACAAUACUGCUGCUUUCGAAAGUAAUGAAGACAUUCACAAAGAAGAAAGAAUUAAUACACAAGCAGCCAUGAGUAUGACAAAGGCUCAGUCAUUGUCGGAUCCCCUAAUGAUAACUCACAGGGGAUCCCCUAACGAUAAC